UUCCCCCCGGCCUAUUAAUUUACAGAUUCAAAUCCCGUCAAACACAUGCAAACAGAAAAAACAUAAACACGUCUACGAGAGAACCCAAACCGCAAGAACAAUCUUUUUCUUUCUUUUCUUGUUUUUUUCUUUCUCGGGUUAAAAUAGAACAAUCUUUGUAUCCUUCUAACAUAUGGAUCAAGGAGGUCGUGGUCGCCGAGGAGCUGAGCAUGGAAAGUUUCGGGGAGUUCGGAGACGGCCUUGGGGAAAAUACGCGGCUGAGAUACGAGAUUCAAGAAAGCACGGUGAACGUAUAUGGCUUGGUACUUUCGAUACUGCAGAGGAAGCGGCUAGAGCAUAUGACCAAGCCGCCUACUCAAUGAGAGGCCAAGCCGCGAUUCUGAACUUCCCUCAUGAGUAUAACAUGGGAAGUGGCGGCUCUUCUUCCUCUGCCAUGGCUGGAUCUUCCUCUUCUUCCGCCUCGGGCGCUUCUUCUUCUUCUUCUUCUAGGCAAGUUUUUGAAUUUGAGUAUUUGGACGAUAGUGUUUUGGAGGAGCUUCUUGAGCAGGGAGAGAAUACUAACAAGGCAAAGAAGAAGUGAGUGAGAUAUAAUUCAUUAUCAUUUCUAAUGAAAGUAACAAAUUAAGAUUACAAAAUAGUUAGUGCAAUGAUCUUAUUAUGAUCAUGA